AAAUAUUGUAUUAUUAAUUUUUCAUAUAUAUAGUCAUAUUAUCUUUCAAGACUGAGCGCUCGAAUUGCCUGUUUUUUCCUGUGGCAGCUAAGUAUGUGUACAGGGGGAGAGGCAUUCUUGUGGUUGAUAAAAUGCUAAGCUCCACACCUCUGCUCUGCCUCCACCAGCUGCACCAAAGCCCUGUGUGAUGUGGAGCGGGACGCCUGCAUACUAAUGGGGCCCGAACAGGGUGCUUCUCAGGCAGACUAAUGCAGGAGGAGCAGCGUGCCUCUCAGGUAGGCCAAUGCAGAAGGAGCAGCGUGCCUCUCAGAGUUGUCUUGAAAGCACCAUAAAUCCAGAGAAUGCCAGACUUUGAUGAGAAAAUUAGCCAAUGAAGGACCGCCGCGCCUCCUUCCUGUUCAAGUGAGCACAGCACAAGACUUAUUCAGCAGAAUUGUGAGAAGAGAGAAAAACACAUGAGUGGAGGAAGAGGACAACCCUGAACAUCCCCUGGCCCCCUUCUGAAACGCACACACACUUGCAAUCAUUGCGGACUGCUCGCACUCUCACACUAACUGUGGAUGGACUGCAGCUCUAGAAAAAACCCACUAUAAGCAGGGAGGACACUGAUGCCCAUGACCCCACACCUAUCUUCCAGGCUGUCCUCGGGAAUCCUGCCUCUCCUCUAAGUUCAGUGUGACCAGACAGAGAGCAGACAACAUGGCUCCAAGCCCCCUCCUCUGGCCCCCGCUGGCAUGGCUGUGUGUGGGGCUGCUGUUGCCCCUGGUGCAGGGCGGGGAGUGCCCGCGGCUGUGUGUGUGUGAGGUGCGCCCCUGGUUCACCCCCCAGUCCACCUACAGGGAGGCGGCCACGGUGGACUGCAACGACUUGCGGCUGACACACAUCCCCUCCAACCUGUCUUCUGACACCCAGGUGCUGCUGCUCCAGAGCAACUCCAUCGCCCACACCAGCGGGGAGCUAGAGGCCCUGUUCAACCUGACGGAGCUGGACCUGUCCCAGAACAACUUCAGCACAAUGGAGGCUGUGGGCCUGGCCAACAUGAACCAGCUUACCACCCUUCACCUGGAGGAGAACCAGAUUAGCCAGCUGCCUGACCACUGCCUGCAGGACCUCAGCAACCUACAGGAACUCUACAUCAACCACAACCAGAUCAGCACCAUCGCCCCCGGGGCUUUCUCCGGUCUGCAUAGCCUGCUGCGCCUCCACCUCAACUCCAACAGGCUCCGGGUUAUCGACAACCGCUGGUUCGAGGCAACGCCCAACCUGGAGAUCCUGAUGAUCGGAGAGAAUCCUGUCAUUGGCAUCCUGGACAUGAACUUCAAGCCACUGGGGAGCCUGAGGAGCCUGGUCCUGGCCUGCAUGGACCUCACCGACAUUCCUGGGAAUGCUCUGGUGGGCCUGGAUAACCUGGAGAGCCUAUCCUUCUACGACAACAAGCUGGUCCGGGUGCCCCAGCUGGCCCUGCAGAAAGUGCCCAACCUGAAAUUCCUAGACCUGAACAAGAACCCAGUGCACAAGAUCCAUGAGGGAGACUUCAGGAACAUGCUGCGUCUGAAGGAGCUUGGUAUCAACAACAUGGCUGACCUGGUAUCCAUCGACUCUUACGCCCUGGACAACCUGCCUGAGCUGACCAAGCUGGAGGCCACUAACAACCCCAAGUUGUCCUACGUGCACCGGACGGCCUUCAGGGACGUGUCCUCCCUGGAGAGCCUGAUGCUAAACAACAAUGCCCUCAACUCUGUCUACCAGCACACCGUUGAGGCGCUGCCCAACCUCCGCGAGAUCAGCCUGCACAGCAACCCACUACGUUGCGACUGUGUCAUCCAGUGGAUGAGCUCCAACAGGACCAGCGUGCGCUUCAUGGAGCCCCUGGCUAUGCUGUGUACCUCGCCGCCCGAGCUCCGGGGCCAGCGGGUCAGAGAGGUGAAGCUGCCGGACUCCCCAGAGCAGUGCCUGCCUUUCAUCUCCCACGACACCUUCCCCAGCCACCUGAGCCUUGAGCUGGGCAUGAGUGUCAGCCUGGACUGCAGGGCUAUUGCUGAGCCCGAGCCAGAGAUAUACUGGGUGUCUCCUAUGGGGAGCAAGAUAACAGUGGACACGGUGUCGGAGCGGUACCACCUGAGCAGUGAGGGCACCCUGCAACUGUCCCACGUCCAGGUGGAGGACUCCGGUCGCUACACCUGCAUAGCCCAGAACACAGAGGGCGCCGACACACGCGUCACCACCAUCCGCGUCAAUGGCACCCUGCUGGACAGUGCCGAGGUGAUGAAGAUCUACGUCAAGCAGACCGAGUCCCACUCCAUUCUGGUCUCCUGGAAGAUCAACUCCAACGUCAUGACCUCCAACCUCAAGUGGGCAUCGGCCACCAUGAAGAUUGACAACCCCCACAUCACCUACACUGCACGCGUGCCCGUCGACGUGCACGAGUACAACCUGACCCACCUGCAGCCGGCCACCGAGUACGAGGUGUGCCUCACUGUUUCCAACAUUCACCUGCAGACCCACAAGUCGUGCGUCAACGUGACCACGCGCAGCGUCACCUUCACCCUGGACGUGUUGGACCAGAGACCUAGUGCCGCCCUGUUAGCCGUCAUGGCCACCAUGCUGGCCUUCCUCAGCCUGACUACUGUGGGGGUGUAUGUGGCCCGGCGCUGGAAGAGGAAGAACUACCACCACUCCCUGAAGAAGUACAUGCAGAAGACCUCCUCCAUCCCCCUCAAUGAGCUCUACCCGCCCCUCAUCAACCUAUGGGAGGCAGACAGUGAGAAGGACAAGGAGGGCGGUACAGAGAGCAAGCCCUCCCCCGUGGACACCACACGCAGCUACUACAUGUGGUGAAGCAGGCCUGGCCCAGGCCACCCCUCCACCAGCACACACAGACACACUUUUGCCAUUUUGGUGCAAAAGUCAUAUAAAAGUCAUAAAAGAUUUGUUUUUGUAUUUUUCUGCUUUGCUAACACAUGGCAGAGUGAUAAAGGACAGGAUUUUUAUUACUAUAGCGUAUCGCCUUUGUUUGACUCUCUCUUUUUCUCUUUUAUCGUUUGGACUAUUCCAAGAUGGCAGCUGUGUCUAGCUUCCGGAUUGUCUUAGUUGCUGCAUUUUAUUUCUGUGAUGCGUUUUUGAUAGCACAGCUUUUUGUCUUGUUGCUGAUGCAGCAACAGGUACUAUUAGUCUAGGUAAAGGUUCCCCUGGCAAUGUUAGGGAUUGCAGUGCUUAUUCUCUCCUUUUGUAAAUCAGGUCAUCUGUUGUGCACUGAAAUGUAAAUGAGUUUGUAUGGACUUCAAUUAAAAGCUGACCAAGGGGAUUAGACUUCGUAUACUGUCUACUGAAUAACUCUAGCGAUUCUACGGUAAUGUUGAAUCAACUAUCAUUUUAAACUUGUUUUUGUAAUUAGUUUGCUGAUAAAUGUGCUGUAAAACUAGAAAUGUGAAUGUUUGAUAACAUAACUAGGUACAGUAGUAGCUUUUUUCAUUUACUCUUCAAUUAUUUAUUUCUUAUUUGCUCAAAUCUGUUGCUGAACACUUACAUUUGUUGUGAUUUUAACAUGCAAAAUGUUGUAUAUGAGGAAGAAGUUUAAAUAAAUGACAUUUUUGUUUUUUUAAUAUAAAUGUCUCUCAAUCA